UCGGCUGCGCGCGGCGAGUAGGAAGCCCUCGCCCAGCGGAGGCUGCGGGAGAGAGAGCGAUGGGCCACGGAGCUGGGCGCACGUUCCGCGGGGACACAUGCCACGCGUUUCCCAGCCGGACGCGCAAUUAGCAUCCGCCUCUGCAGCCAGCCGCCACCGCCUCCCGGCCCUCUCUGGCUGCCGUGGAGAGGAGCUCCAGCGGUUGCCUUGCUCCGGCUGCGCGCAUUGUCCUCAGGGUCCUCUGCCAGGGCUGCUGCGGGGUCCGGGACCCUCGCCCCAGAGACGCGUCUCCGCCACUGGUCGGCCCGGCGCGGGACUCCGCUAGCCGAUCGGUGAGCCCGAGCUCCCGGGCCACUCUCGCCGGGGUUUUUCCUGCGGAACGGAGGAAGAGGAGAAGUCCACCAGCCCAGCCCAGCCUUCCCUAGCGUGCAGCCCCGACGGGGCCGCAGCAGGCGCUACGAGGGCGCGGACGGAGCCAUGAGAGAGUACAAAGUGGUGGUGCUGGGCUCGGGCGGCGUGGGCAAGUCCGCGCUCACCGUGCAAUUUGUGACAGGUUCCUUCAUCGAGAAGUACGACCCGACCAUCGAGGACUUCUACCGCAAGGAGAUUGAGGUGGAUUCGUCGCCGUCGGUGCUGGAGAUCCUGGACACGGCGGGCACCGAGCAGUUUGCAUCCAUGCGGGACCUGUACAUCAAGAAUGGCCAGGGUUUCAUCCUCGUCUACAGCUUGGUCAACCAGCAGAGCUUCCAGGACAUCAAGCCCAUGCGGGACCAGAUCAUCCGCGUGAAGCGGUACGAGCGCGUACCUAUGAUCCUGGUGGGCAACAAGGUGGACCUGGAGGGCGAGCGCGAGGUCUCAUACGGCGAGGGCAAGGCCCUGGCCGAGGAGUGGAGCUGCCCCUUCAUGGAGACAUCUGCCAAAAACAAAGCCUCAGUGGAUGAGCUGUUCGCAGAGAUCGUUCGGCAGAUGAACUACGCGGCACAGCCCAACGGCGACGAGGGCUGCUGCUCGGCCUGUGUGAUCCUGUGAGGCGCCGGCUGCAGGCGCUGGCCACGCUCUGUGCACAAAGCCAAACAUACCCCAUUCUCUUAAUGUGAUUGUCUUCUUGCUUUGAGAUUGGAGACGACUUUGUAUUGGCCGGGAUGUCCGAGGAACCUGGCUGACUUGCGUGGCCAGCAUCCCCAGCCUUGAGUGGGGGUUUGAGGGGGUGUCGGUUCCUGACGACCCAAGACCCUGAUGGAAAUGUGGCUCUUUACAGCGUGUACGUUCCUCAUUGAUUUCGGUUCAUGCAUAAUUUUCCCGUUUAAGUAGCCAUUAAGGCACAGUAUUGGCUGCUUGACACCGGCAAGCAAAAGUUUCAAGCCUGAAAAAAAAAUGGGGGUGGGGAGGUGGAGGAAGUGGAAGGGAAGAAGGAGGCAGUGGGGGAGGGUUCCCCCAAACAACUGUUCAUAGUUCCAAGUUCUAAAUACAAGGAAGGAGGCCUGAGAAAACCAUAUGAAGGAGCCAGAGGAGGGGAAGAAACUUGGUUUUUUUCCUUGUUUUCCAGGAUUAUUUGGAAAUUAAGAACAGGGGUUCCUUUUCUGCCAGCUUGGAAGGGCAACCCAGGGACUGAUUACGAUUCUGAGGAUGUCUAUGCAAAGUUGGGUUCUUGUUACAGUGUAUCCAAUCUGAAGUAUUGCACAUGUGAACUGGGACUGUUAACACUGAUGCCAAUACAGUGUGGGGUGCCAGGAAGUGUCUGCUGAUAUUUGUGGGAAAAAAAAAAUCUAUUUUGAUUACCUACUGUAUCAAAGGGGAGUCUGGGGGAGAAUGGUAGUAUUUUUUUUUAAUCAGCUGUGAAAAAAAAGUUAAAGAUCUGCAC